GGGACAAGUCGAGUUUGCUAUUCUGGUCAGCUUCCUCCUGGUGUAAAUUGAUUAGCACCUACGAUACCGGACAGAUAACUAUGUUCAUACUGAGACUGGCGCUAAUUGCAGAACGGAUUAAGGUUCACAACCGAAAAGUCAACUUAGCUCAACUACUCUGUCAAUAUUAACUACGUACUGAUUCAGUAAAUUACAGUGCAUAGCCCACCAAAGACAAUCAAUAUCAUGUUCAGACUCACCAAGCAGUGAAUGUGCGAAUAACAUCAGAACAGCCAGAGCAGCCCUUUCUAACAUUCAAACCUGUACUGAUUGAAAUCAACAUUGUGUAUUUACUGCGAAUUAGCGGAGAUAUUUAGUUUGGAGUAAACUCGUUGAUAGAGUUGUUGGCAGUUGACAAAAAGCCCCUUGGAUAACCUUUCAAAACACGUGUGGAGCCGUUCCCUAAAAAAAAUUCCCGCCGAUGCGCGUUUUUUGCGUUAUUGUCGGGUAGCGGCAACAACAUUUUAGUAAAGCUCGGAACCGUCCUGAUGUUGAAUAUUCCCAUUCCUAAGCUUUUCCAAGUCUAUCUGUAUGUAAAAUGAAUAGAUUAGGAGGUCGGAUGCUUUCAUCGUGGCAGCCAGUCCGGGCGUUCCGGCCGAACUUUCAUUGCCACAAGCUCCUUUCGAGUUUCCCUCCCGCGCAAGCCGGCCAUUCCAGUCAGGACAAGAACAUUGUCGAACCCCAAAAUGGAUACUGUCGCUCAGCAACUGCCUCAGCCACAGCGAGCAAACAGUCGUUAUCAGCGUGGCAAUUAAACUUCUGGAAAUGCCGUCAUACAUGGAAACGCGCAGGGAUCAACACGCUACGCUGCCUAGUCGGCUGUACGCUAGGUGAUUUCUCCGCCCUGUGGAUGCUCCAGACGUUCUACCCAGGGCUCGGGAUGGGUACUAUCAUGGCCGCGUCUAUGGCCUCCGGAAUAAGCACGUCGAUUAUUCUUGAAACGGUCCUCCUCCGGCGUGGAGCGGACCAGCUCUCCUGGCCGAUGGCACUUCGUACUGCGAUGGGGAUGAGUAUGGUAUCGAUGCUUGCAAUGGAAGCGGCAGAGAAUGUUGUCGACUACCACCUUACUGGUGGUGUUGUGGCUCUGGACGACCCGAGUUUCUGGAUGGCAGCUGCUGUCUCGAUGACGGCUGGCUAUCUGGCUCCGUUGCCGUAUAAUUACCUACGGCUGAAGAAAUAUGGGAAGGCCUGUCAUUGAGCAUCCGAUAGGGUCCCGGAGUGAUAGAAGUGCGAUAUAUAUAUCAUGUAUAGCUGCUAUCGAUGAAUCCAUCAUGU